GCCGCGCGGGUAAGGACACUAAGAGUAAUUCUAGUUAGCCGCCCGGGCGGGCGUCUCCGCAGGACCAGCUAAAGACGCGACGAGGCUCCGAGACUGCAGAUCCGCCAGCGAGAACUUGAGCUCGUGGCCGUCCUCCUGGACGAGCGUCAGGCGCGCCUGGUCGAUGGACGUCAACGUUCCGAGGAACUCCGCCUGGCGCGGCUUCGAGAAGAUACUGAGGGUCUGGCCCACUCUGAAUAAAGUUGUGCCGUCCUCGUCGACGGUAGGUGGACGCGGCACGGUGUCCGCGAGGAUCUGCCUUAGAUCAGAUCUACAUUCGGCGUCCGUCGCCCCGAGGUCGACCGGUGCUACGAGAAAUUGCGGAUCGCCCGGUUUCGAUUCGCCCUUCUCCAGCGCGUCGGCUCUUUCCGAUGCCGCAUCUUUGAGUUUGACGAGGUGGUCGCGCUUUCGUUGUAGAGCGUCCUGCAGCGAUUGUUUCAAAACUCGCAGCUCGUCGUCGCAGAUCGACCUAGCUUCCACGGCCUCGAAAUCAUGUAAUUCCCCGUGGUUCUGCUUUUGUAACUCUCGGAACCGAUCCUCGGCGAAGAUGCGCCGCGCGAGCCCGUCCUCAAGCUUCUUUUUUUUCGGGGCGAUGGCGAGCGCCGGGUCGUCCUCGUCGUCGACGUCCAUCGUGCGCAGCUGUUGGCGGCGCCUUCACGGGUCACCGCGCGGCUGUUUGGCGGCUGCGGCGGCGCUUCCGCUCGCCGCGCGCGCUCCCUGGGAGCCUUUUGAGGCAGGCACUCGGUUUCCUAUGCCGCGACGGCAGCGCAAACGCCGCGCUUUUGGGCCCACGUUACAAGGUCACGUUCUCAGAGAGCGAUGAACAGCCCUGCUCUACCUUGCAGUCUCGUUUUGCAGUCGCGGUUUUGGCAAAGACGAU